AUGGUCGGUAGUAGGGGCAUCGAGAUUGAUCCGUCCAAGGUAAAGGCCAUAUACGAGUUGCGACCCCCGUCUUUCGUGAAGGAAGUUCGCAGUUUCUUGGGGAGAUUGAACUAUGUGGCAAGAUUCAUAUCCCAACUGUUAGAGACUGCUAGACCAUUUUUCAAGCUUCUCAAGAAGAAUGCGAAGAUCGUGAGGGAUAUCGAAUUUCCACCUGUUCCCGGCGUGCCUCUAAUCCUUUAUCUGACCAUCCACAAGGAAUCCUUGGGAGCAGUAUUGGUGCAGAAAAGACCAUCAGAUGGAAAGGAAUGCGCGAUAUACUAUCUCAGCAAGAAAUUUUCUGAUUCUGAAGCUAAUUACUCGGAGGUCGAGAAGACUUGUGUAGCUCUGGUUUGGGUGUUACACAGAUUGCGGCAGUAUACUCUUCACCAUCAGAUCAUGUUGACCACCAAAUGUGAUCCCAUCAAGUAUCUCUUGGAGAAGCCGGCGUUGGUUGGCAAAUUGGCCAAGUGGCAGAUUCUUAUUUUCGAGUUCAAUGUACGGACAAUGACACAGAAGUCGGUGAAAGGUCGAGCAAUAGCAGACAUGUUAGCAGAGAAUGCUGCGGGACCGCAGGCGGGAGAUGAAAUGGACCCUCUUGAUGAUCGUGUUUUACUGGUUAAUGCGGAAAAGUGGGUCAUGCACUUCGACGGAGCCGUUAACUUAUCCGGAUGCAGUACAGGGGCAGUCCUUAUCUCCCCGGAUAGCCAACACUAUCCAAGAGCCACCAAGUUAUUGUUUCCGUGCACCAAUAACAUUGCUGAAUACGAGGCCUGCAUUCUCGGGCUACAGGCUGCCAUAGAGAUGAAAAUUCGGAGACUGCAAGUUUAUGGCGAUUCUGCCCUCAUUAUCCUUCGGACAGAAGGCAAGUGGAAAACUCGUGACCCGAAGUUGAUCCCGUAUCACAAGUUUCUGGAAGAUAUAAUCGAAGAGUUCGAUGAGAUAGCGUUCGAGUAUCUUCCUAGAGCCCAGAACCGGUUCGCAGACGAGUUGGCCACCCUAUCUUCAAUGUUCCAAGUGACUGCGGGUUCGGACUUCGAGCCAUUGAGAAUCGAAAUCUUGAAACAUUCCGCUUACUCCAUGCCAAUAGAAGAAGAGGAAGAUGGAGAGCCCUGGUAUCAAGAUAUUAAGGUUUACCUGCAGACCGAAGAGUUUCCUGAAGGUAGUGAAGCAGGUGACAGGAAAUAUCCGAUGAAACUGUCUUCAAAAUUUUUCCUCGGCGGCGAUACGUUGUACAAAAGGUCAUAUGACUCCGUUCUCCCGAGGUGCGUUGAUGCCAAGGAAACCAAUCAGUUGAUGACCGAAAUCCAUGAAGCCAAGAACGUGGCCGGGUUCUUGCGUCGAGAUAUCUUUGCCCGAUAUGGAGCGUCGGAGGCUAUAAUCAACGAUAACGGUUCAAACCUCAACAACAAGGUGGUUGACGAGGUUCUUGGUGAGUUUCGCGUCCAGCAUUUGAAUUCUUCGCCUUACCGCCCGCAGAUGAAUGGUGCAGUAGAAGCGGCGAAUAAGAACAUCAAGAAGAUUCUGUCCAAGACAGCAAAGAACUAUCGGGAUUGA